UUUUAUCAGUCUGCUGUGUGUGAGUAGCGAGUGAUAUAGUGCUGUAAUGUGAUUAUUUGUUGCUUCAUGAUGGUCAUUUUCAGAGUUCCUAAUCGCAUUUUUUUUUUCAUAUGUAAUGCCUAACAGUACGAACUUUCAAUGUGUCUAUUUUUUUUAUAUUUCUGUGCAAGCCCUGAGACAAUACUGCCCUAGGAAAAAAGUGUGAAUGCGCUCACUCGUAUUCUGCUGCUCACACAUUUUUUUCAUCUUCAUCGUAAGCUCUCCAUUGUAAGAAGUAUUAUUACGAAAUUUGUUUAGUAGGGCUCUAAAAUUAUGUUUUUCUUCAUGUUAUUCACCUCUCAAUAGUGUACAUUUAGAGAGCAAUCAAUCAUUCACUAACCUUUCCCUAUCAGAAAGUUCCCUUCUUUCAGCUCCUGAUCAAGACUCUCAAUGUUUAUUGUGCACAAGUUCAAAUCUUCUGUAAGACCAGUCCGUCCCAAAUUACGCCACUUCAAUUUCUCAACCAUGGCUACAUUUGGUCCAUCCACAAGCACUGGAGAUAUGAUAGCUGUUGCUCAGAUGAAUUCUACAAAUAGUAAAUCAGAGAAUUUAGAAACUUGCAAAACAUUGAUAAGCAGAGCAGUGGAACAAGGUGCCAAAAUGGUGUUUUUGCCAGAAGCCUGCGAUUAUAUUGGUAACAGUCAUGAAGAAACGGAGAGCUUAGCAGAACCUCUGAACGGGCCUUGGGUGAAAAGUAUCCAAAGAGAAGCUGAGUCCAAAAAAAUAUGGGUUUCGCUCGGUGGUUUUCACGAAAAGCUUGAGAAUGGGCGUUUAAGGAAUGCGCAAGUCAUCAUUAAUAGCCAGGGGGAAAUAACUGCUGUCUAUCGAAAAGUUCAUUUGUUCGAUGUAAACUUUCCUGAAAAAGGUGUAGUCAUGCAAGAAUCUAAAUACAUUGAGCAAGGCACAGAAAUACUUCCUCCAGUGUCUACUCCAUUUGGAAAGAUUGGACUUGCUGUAUGUUACGAUGUGCGGUUUCCAGAGAUGAGCAUUAAACUCGCCCAAGCUGGUGCCCAAAUACUUACAUAUCCAUCUGCUUUCAUGUUCGAGACUGGUGCUAAUCAUUGGGAAACGCUGCUGAAAUGUCGAGCUCUUGAGAAUCUAGCGUAUGUUGUCGCAGCUGCUCAGACAGGAGCUCACGGUUCCAAAAGGAAAUCGUGGGGUCAUGCAUCUAUUAUUGAUCCUUAUGGAAGCAUCAUAGCUCAGUGUUCAGAAGGAACAAACUUAGCAUUUGCGAUGAUAAACCUAGAUUAUGUUGAAACUCUUCGCAAGUCAAUACCUGUUUGGUCUAAUAGGAGGUUUGAUCUCUAUCCAAAACUUGAGGCAUCUCAUUCAUCGGAUGCUCUUCAAAAUUGCAAAAACAUUGAAUUUACAUUCGGACAAGUCAAAGUGCCUGCUGAACAUGUUUUUUUCAAAACUCAGUCAACUAUCGCUUUUGUGAAUAAAAAGUGCGUUGUGCCGGGACAUGUUCUAGUGGCUCCAAUAAGGUUAGUGACUAAAUUCCACGAGAUGAGUGACGAGGAAGUUGCUGACCUAUUUCAAGUCGUCAAACGAGUUGAAAAAGUGAUGGAGCAAAAAUACGAGACAGAUUCUUCAACUCUCUGCAUUCAGGAUGGUACUCAUGCGGGACAAACCAUUCGGCAUGUUCACGUUCACAUUCUACCACGUGUUCCUGGCGAUUUUGCAUUCAAUGAUGACAUCUACAAAGAGCUCCAGAAUCAUGACAAAGUGGAAAAAGGCUGGAGAAACUCAGAAGAAAUGACAGAAGAAAGUAACUCUUUGCGACCUCUCUUCUCCUGAUUUCGGUCUUCAUUCAUUAAUAUCUCUGCCUUUUUAUUUUUAAGUAUCCGGAUUCUAUUUCAAUGGUCCAAGGUCGUUUUAACUGUCAGACACUUAAAAAGAAUCGAUCUAUAUGUAGAAAGAGCUUUACACACUUGAAAAGAAACUGUAAAGACUGAUUUACCAUGAACAUUAGGUACCUAUAAACUAAGCUUGAAUUUAAGAAGUCUUUAAAGAUGAAAUCACUGUAAGUAACCAAUAAUUCUGAAAGAUUCCCACAGUUAAUAUUCUUUUUCUGAUCUUUUUUUCAUAUUAUUUUUCCCUGUGCACAGCUUAAUUUUACCAAAAUCAGCCUCAGCAAUUUUCAGAGCAACUUUCCCAAAAAGCAAUUUAGGUAAUACGUACCUACAUCAAAAGAAGUUUUUUUAUUCAAUCUAUAAGUGAACAUUUCAAAGAAUGUAUUUAAUCCCCCAAUUGAUCCCAAAAGCUGCAUUUGUGUUUUCUGCUACUACUUAGUUUUAAGUGUGAUUAAAAACAACAAGAAUGCUGAUGGCUUUUCCUUUGAAAAAUUAAAAUUACUAUAAUGUUUAAAGUUGUGAUAUGUUAUGAAUUCAUGGUUUAAGUAGUUAUUUUUUAAUUUAAAUGCAGUUUUAAUAAAAAAUUUGACCAUA